CAGCAGCGACUUGCGGCAGCAGCUUGACUUACGGCUGCCUGGGCCUUCAGGGAGCUCAGCUCGGGAGCCGGGCGGGGAGUACGAACGCGGCCGCCGGCUCCCGGGUGCUCCAGUCCGGACUCGCAGCAGCAUGACCCAGUCGGUGGUCGUACAGGUCGGCCAGUGCGGAAACCAGAUCGGCUGCUGCUUCUGGGAUCUGGCGCUAAGGGAGCACGCCGCGGUCAACCAGAAAGGAAUUUAUGACGAGGCAAUAAGCAGCUUCUUUAGAAAUGUGGAUACCAGAGUGGUUGGUGAUGGUGGCAAUAUUUCCAAGGGGAAAAUUUGUUCUUUGAAAGCACGAGCUGUCUUGAUUGACAUGGAGGAAGGGGUAGUAAAUGAAAUUCUGCAGGGACCGUUGAGAGAUGUGUUUGAUAGCAAGCAGCUCAUCACUGAUAUUUCUGGCUCAGGGAAUAAUUGGGCUGUGGGUCACAAAGUUUUUGGCAGGCUUUAUCAAGAACAGAUUUUAGAGAAACUCAGAAAGUCGGCAGAGCACUGUGAUUGUUUACAGUGUUUUUUUAUAAUACAUUCCAUGGGAGGAGGAACAGGAUCUGGACUUGGCACGUUUCUCUUAAAGGUGCUUGAGGACGAAUUCCCAGAAGUAUACAGAUUUGUGACUUCAAUUUAUCCUUCUGGUGAGGAUGAUGUCAUAACCUCACCUUAUAAUAGCAUCUUGGCAAUGAAGGAACUUAAUGAGCAUGCAGACUGUGUGUUGCCCAUUGACAACCAAUCUUUAUUUGACAUCAUUAGCAAAAUUGACCUCAUGGUGAAUUCUGGAAAGUUGGGUACAGCUAUAAAGCCAAAGAGUCUGGUUACUUCAAGUGCUGGGGCUUUGAAAAAGCAGCACCAGAAGCCCUUUGAUGCGAUGAACAACAUUGUGGCAAAUUUGCUGCUGAACCUAACCAGCUCUGCAAGGUUUGAAGGGUCCCUUAAUAUGGAUCUUAAUGAAAUCAGCAUGAAUUUAGUUCCUUUUCCUCAACUGCAUUAUCUUGUGUCAAGCCUAACACCUCUGUAUACACUGGCAGAUGUUAAUAUUCCUACCCGAAGGUUGGAUCAGAUGUUUUCAGAUGCCUUUAGUAAAGAUCACCAGCUAAUUCGGGCUGACCCCAAACAUAGCCUCUACCUCGCCUGUGCCCUUAUGGUUAGAGGAAAUGUACAGGUUUCAGAUCUUCGCAGAAAUAUUGAAAGAUUAAAACCUUCUCUACAGUUUAUCUCCUGGAAUCAAGAAGGCUGGAAAACCAGCCUGUGUUCAGUACCUCCCGUGGGGCAUUCCCAUUCAUUAUUAGCUCUAGCCAAUAACACAUGCGUGAAGCCCACCUUCAUGGAACUCAGAGAGCGAUUCAUGAGGCUCUACAAGAAAAAGGCUCAUCUUCAUCACUAUCUACAAAUUGAAGGGAUGGAGGAAAGCUGUUUCAUGGAAGCCGUGUCAUCUUUAUCCACGCUCAUAGAGGAAUAUAACCAACUGGACGCCACACGAAGCAUGCCUGUGGAAGAUUUACCUAGACUAAGCGUAGCUGUGUAAAACAGAACCCCAAAAGUACUUUUACUAUUCUGAAUUUCACAUUUUUUGGUCACUUUAUCUUUCUGUUUUCAGAACUUUUGUGAUUCAGAAAGUCUAGUUUGCACUUUUCAUAUUAGAAAGCAUUUUUGCCUUAAAAAAAAGAGUGGUUUUCCUUUCAUCACAAUUCAUGGGCGAUACCAGUGUGUGACAUUACUGAAAGUCCUAGUACCUUUAACUUCAAACAUUUAUCUUCAGAAAGUUCCCUUUUUCUGAAAUUGAGAAAACAGAGUUCAACAUUUUACUUUAUUUAGAGUUUCAUAUUCAGGCAUUCAUACAAUGGUAAUCAUGUCUUCAAUAAAAAUCUUACACAGAUUUUCAUAUAUUUAUUUAUAAUUUAUUUUUUCAGCCCUGGAAUUUGCCCUGGAAUUAUUUGGUAUAACUAGAGCUGUUAAAUAAAUUUAUAAUUUAUUUGGUUGAAUUCUCCUGAUUCUUUAAAAGUGAGUACGAGGAGUAAUAGAAGAACACAAUAUAAAUAUUUCUGUGUAAUACCCACUAACUUUUCAGGGAUAGGUUUUAUUACAGCUAUUAGGGAGGUUUUGUUUCUUGUUUGGGUAACCACCUGUUUGCACUGAAAAGAACUUUUACAUUUAUUUUAACAUGUAUUUGUAUUAAAUUAUCUUUAAAUAUAAUGCUUUUUAUUAAACCAGUUGAUUUUAUAAUAAUAAAUGUCCAUAUUUUUAAACAGUA